AUGAACAUCCAGAGCUCGACCUUCACCGAGCAUGUGGUCAAUGCUAUGAGAUCGCUAUACCCCGAGGAGCUGGCAGACCGUGCCUGGGACAACGUAGGCCUCCUCCUCGAGAACUCCGAGCAGGCCUCCGAGGCUACGCCCACAGUCCUCCUGACGAACGAUCUCACCCCCGAGGUCGCAGAGGAGGCCAUCGCCAAGGGCGCCUCCGUGAUCGUCACUUACCGUAAGCCAGAAGAAGCAACCCACCCCUUCAUCUUCCGCGGCCUCAAGUCCGUCACCCUGCGCGACCCGCAGCAAAAGAUCCUCAUCCGCCUCGCCCAGGCCAACGUCGCCGUCUACAGCCCCCACACCGCCAUGGACGCCGCCCUCGGCGGCAUCAACGACUGGCUCGCCGACAUGGUCGUCCGGCCCGCCGACGGCUCCGCCCCGGCGGCCCGCGAGGCCGAGCGCCGCGUCGUGCAGCCCGUCGCGCAGCCGCCGCCGGGCUUCGAGGGCACGGGCUACGGCCGCCUCGUGCGGUUCGAGAGCGCCGUGCCCUUCGGGGCCGUGGUGCGGGCCGUGGCGCGCGGCGUGGGCGGCAUGAGGCGCGUCAUGGUCGCCGCGCCCAGGAGGAGGCGGGACGGAGGAGGAGGAGGAGGAGCCAAGGCGAGCGCGGACGAGGUGUCGUCCGCGGCGGUGUGCGCGGGCUCCGGCUGGGACGUGCUCAAGGACUGCGACGCCGACGUCUUCGUCACGGGGGAGACGAGCCACCACAGCGCGCUGCGGGCGGUGAUGCUGGGCAAGCGCGUGGUCAUGGUGUUCCACAGCAACUCGGAGCGGCUGUUCCUCAGGCAGCGCCUGCAGGGCCAGCUGCGGGACCACCUGCGCGGCCAGGGCGUCGAGUGCAGCGUGCUUGUGUCCGAGGCGGAUGCGGAUCCCUUUGAGAUCUGGGAUGUGGAUGACAUGCCUUGA